CAAUAACACAAACAAACAAUAAUCUUUGUGUACUAUUUCUUGAGCUUCAAAAAAAAAAACAUCCUAUCCUUCAACAUGAACAAUUCCCAGAACGCCAGUUACCAAGCUGGCCAGGCUAAGGGCCAGGUUCAGGAGAAAGCCAGUGGGAUGAUGGAGAAAGCCAGCAAUGUUGCUCAAUCCACCAAGGAAUCUUUACAAGAGACUGGUGGUCAAAUGCAGGCAAAAGCACAAGGAGCAGCUGAGGCUGCCAAGGAUGCCCUUGGAAUGAACAAAUGAUGAAAGACGUACAAGACAUAAAAAUAAAUAAAAUUGAUAGCAGCAAUUAUUGCAAUAUAAUUGAUAGCCCAUAGCCAAAAGACAUAAAAUGUAACAUUAAUCGUAUUUACUCGAUCGAUAUGAAGAGUUUUUUCUAUGCAGUUCGAGUUAGCUAUCAAUGAAAACUCUCGUCUUCUACUUCCUAAGUAUGGAACGAUUCAUUUUCAUGAUAUAUGAAAUAUUACCAUAUC